AUGAACUCCACCACCGAGUCCUCUGCAAUCUCUGCCAGCGACGUCCCCAUCACCGAGCCCGAAACAGCACUCGUUCACUCGGAUAGCGUACCUGACUUGACCGCGGACCACAACCUCGAGCUCGCCCUCGAUCUCGCCUCGUACCCGGCGUCUCACUUCUGGGAUGCGUCGACCAUGGCCCCGCUCAAUGCAGUCUCGGCGGCCGGCCUCGCUCGCUUGCGCGCCUACCACCCUCCUGCCUUCCCAACCUGGGACCGUCUACCCGUGAGCCGGCGAGCAGCGGUGCUAAUCCUGCUCUUUGCGGAUCGGAUGGGCGACCUGCGCGUCGUAAUUACCAUGCGCGCGGCGAGCCUGCGGAACUUCUCGGGCCAUGCCGCGUUUCCGGGCGGUAAGGCGGACUCGUUGGCGGAAAGUCCUUACCAAAUCGCCCGCCGCGAAGCCUGGGAAGAAAUCGGGCUACCGAUGGACGACACCAAGAUCCCUAAGCCCUUCCGGAUCGAACCGCUCUGCAGCUUACCCUGCAGUCUAGCGAAGACCGAGCUUUCCGUUCGGCCCUGUGUCGCUUUUCUCCAUGCCGACAAUAUGCCCGGGAAGCCGGAGUUACUGGUCGACGAAGCUAUGAUACCCCGGUUAGACGCAAAGGAAGUGGCGGCUGUUUUCUCGGCGCCACUACACAACUUUUUGAAGUCAACGGAUGAGCGCACGGAAGAUGAGACGGUAGCCGAGGGACACUGGUACGAUGGGCGGUGGACGAAUUGGCACGAUUCUCCGUGGCGGGUGCAUAAUUUCCAUGUGCCGGUGAAUAACCAGCGGGUGGUGAAGCCGAGGGUGAGGGAAGGGGGCCAGGCGGCGUUAGCGGAGGAGUUGGAGGAAGACGGUGUGCCGCAACGCUUCCUAGUAUGGGGGUUGACAGGCAGGAUGCUGGUUGAUACUGCAAGGAUCGCGUACGGAGAAGAGCCCGAGUUCGAGCAUAAUUCUCACUACGGCGAUGAGGAGAUCAUAGCCCGGUUAGAAGAGGAAGGACGUCUACCAGAGAAGAAGAAACGAGAGGUUGGACUCGAUGCGAUUAAAGAAGACGUCAAGGAUGCCAAGAUGUAG